UCAAGGUACGGAUCCCGAAUCGGAACUAGCUCGCCCUCCCCAUUCAUAUAGAAGCGGGACGAUUUGUAGCGCAUUGAAGAAAUUGACGGUUCUUCAGCUCCUGCUGCAUUAUGCAUAGCCUGGUAGCCUGCAGCCUGAAGCGACGGAGAGAUUCUGAUGCGCUGCCGGUCUAUUAUUGGCCGGGGCCUUGGUAUUGAUUGUCGUUGUAGAGCUGGCGCUCUGGCCUUCACUGGGAAAUAUAUCACCCCCGCAUGCCAUGGUCGAAAUGAUCUCGAAAUACCUGAAAUGCUCAUUUCUUCCUGCCUCUUUUUGCCUUCCUUAUUCUCGCUCUUCCAGAUUGCUCUUGAUAUGCGGAGUGGCUGUGGGAUUAGACUGGGGGGACUAAAAUUGACGUAGAGAUGUUCGUAGAAAAACUAUCAACGUCGAGCAUGUUAGCCGUUAAUUGUGUGGGAAGGAAAGGAUCCGAAGCCCUCAUUGUGUCAGGGGCCGCCAUUGUCGUCCAUUGUCC